AUGUCGUCACAUCUCCAAUCCUCCGGCCGUGGCGGCGCCGGCAACAUCGUUGACGCCUCCAAGACUCCGCCGCUCCAGCCUGCAGACCUCAAAACCCCGACCCUCAAGACCUCCAUGGUGACCACCGGUCGUGGUGGGACAGGCAACUUUGCCGCCAACCUCGACGCGGACGAGAAACGUCGUCGUCAGGAUGUUGAGCCAGUCGUCCGCCGUCAAAGCCACGGCGCACAGCACAUCGGUCGCGGCGGCACCGGCAACGUGGUCAAGGCUGGCGACGAACAGAGCAGCAGCACCCAGCCAGGCACGGCGACUUCGACCUCCGACAAGCGAAAACAACAACCGGGAAGUCCCCCGCUCAGUGAUACUGGCAAGGAACAGGGAAGCCCACGGGUAGGAGAAGAGCGCGGGUUAGCGGGGGAAGACAAGGCUGUGUCGCCUUUGGAGGGUGGUCCGUUGGGUGGUGAACGGGUCCGGGGGGAAGAUAGUGAUGGGGAUGUAGCUGUGCCAGCAGCAAGGCCGGAGGAGACGGUUGGGUGGGCGGAGAAGGGGAGGAAUUUGUUGUUUGGGAAGAAGUGA